AUGUCGCACAAGGAACAACCUCACGAGUCGCAACUUGAGAAGCGCGCUGUCGUUUCUUCAUUUAUCUUCCACUUUCCCAAGGGCCAUUCUGAGAAACCUGUCGUUGCGCUGUUCAAGCGCAGCGAUAAGGUGCGAACGUACAGCCAUCAUCUCGCUCCUAUAUCCGGCAGCAUAAGUCGCAGCGACAAUUCACCCCUCGAAGCAGCCUGGCGCGAACUAGCGGAGGAAACCUCCCUGGACGAAUCUUCGCUCACACACUGGCGCACAGGGAAGCCGUUUACCUUUGAAGAUCAAUCUGUUAAUCGCGAAUGGACCGUCCAUCCGUUCGCAUUCAAGCUCAAAGACACGUCGGAAGGAGGAAAGGGUGAAAGCGGUAUUAAGAUAGACUGGGAACACGAGGGGUGGGAAUGGUACGAUCCGCAAUCGGUAUUAGACAGGGAAGAAUUGGAAAUUGUACCGCGUCUAAAAGACUCUCUGCGACGAGUCUGGUUUGAAGGAGAAUUGAAUGAGCGCGCAGCAAAGGCACUUUCACUCGGUCUAGAGCGUCUACGGAGCGACCAUGAGAGUGGAGCACAGGAAUUGACUGCCAUCGCGCUAGUGGCCUUCCGGGAUUUCAUCGUCCAGACGCAAGACGAGAUCAAUAGUGAGGAGUGGUGGAAGACAGUUCGCAUGGCAGCGUGGCAUGUUAUCAAGAAUGGCCGAGAAAGCAUGGGCGCGGCGACGAUGAAUGCCCUGAUUGCCGUUCUAGACGAGAUAAAGGACAUACUCGGCGACGAGAAGACAAACUCGCAGCACAAGUGGGAACGGGUCCUGAAUGUGCUCGAUCACCAUAUCAAGUCUCGGAAGAGUCGUCAAACGCAAGUGAAGGAUGCGUUUGCGAAUUACAUCCGAUUUAAGUUUCUGCAUCACGGGGAAACUUUGGAUAAGCUCACUAUUUUGACUGUUUCGGCUAGCUCAACUAUCCGGGACAGUAUAUUGGAAGCUUAUGCGUCGCUGGAUAUCCGAAAGCUGGAACUCCGUAUCCUCGAGUCGAGACCACUAUUCGAAGGCACAAGUAUCGGCUCAUCCAUUCUUAGCAACUUCAAGUCACGAUUCCUCGAAACCCCCGGUAAGGAACUGAAAGUGAAAAUAUACACAGACGCAUCUGCUGCAUUGGCCGCAGCCGACGUGGAUCUGUUACUUCUCGGUGCAGACCGCAUAUCCGGCACGAAGGGGGUGAGCAACAAGACGGGGUCAUUGCCAGCCGUGCUUUGCACAAAGCACGUCAGCCCUAAUGCGCAAAUCGCUGUCCUCAGCGACCUCGAAAAGAUCAAUUGUGUUGGGAGUAUGAUCGACGAUGACCACCACGAAGACAACGAUCCGAUGGAGGUCAUCAGUGCCUGGCGCAACGAUGGCGUCAAGGCAGUCAGAGUGCUAGAAGAUGGCAUGAAAGGAGCUGAUGCAGAGGGGUCGUCGACUGUCGAGGUGAAGAACAUAUACUUCGAAUGGGUGCCGUUGUAUAUGGUUGAUGCGUUUGUUAGCGAAGAGGGCGUCAUGGAUGAGAGCCGCAUCCGGGAGAGAUCAAAGCAGUUGGGGGAGACGGUUAAUAGGUUUUUUGAGGACUUGUAA